UACAGCAGAUACACACUACUGGGGAAGCUAAGAGGAAUUAUUAACGAGAUCCGAUAUUUGUUACACUGACUGAAAUGCAGAUUUCUUGAAGAUGCAUUCUGGUGACUGUUUUAUCAAUAAUACCAUCAGCAACACAAGCAUCCCAGAAAGCAUUUGUAGACUCUGUCCUCAAAUAAUUCCCUAUGAAGCCAUUGCCUAUGUGUACCUGACGCUAGCCAUUGUGGGGUUUCUCACCAACGGUCUGGCCCUGUACGACCUGUGGAGAGCAGAGAAAACGACGACGGUGACCUUCGUCGUGAACAUUGUUGCCUCCGACCUCAUGCUGUGCUGCAGCCUUCCGUUCCGGGUGGCUUACUACUGGCACAGCGCCCAGUGGGCUCAGGAAUCCUCCAUGUGCACCCUGGCCAAGUUCACCACCAUCUCCCUCUUCUACAUCAACCUGUACUGCAACAUGCUCUUCCUCCUCUGGACGAGUGUCAACCGCUACGUCAGCGUGGUCCGGCCCAAGCUGCCCCUGCUGAGGCUUUUCAAAAGAGCUCGGGUCUGCCGCCUGCUCUGCGCUUUCACGUGGGUGGCGGCGAUCGUGGUCAUCAUUGGCACCAUCUCCCGCAACAUCGCCAAAAACAAGACGGUGGCCGCCAACUGCUUCGACCACAUCGUCAACGCCAACCGGCACAGGUACAACACCACGCACGUGAUAGGGGUGACGGUGUUCUUCCUUAUCCUCGUGCUCAUGCUGGCAUUUUACGCCCUGCUGGUUUACCACCUGCACCUCAUCCAGAGGAGCAGCCUGGUGGGCAGGGGCCAGCGGGGCAGCCUGAAGGUGCGCAGGAAGAUCCUGGCGUCGGUGGUGCUGUUCGUGGCCUGCUUCCUCCCCUACCACUUGGAGCGGAUCCUGCUGCUGACCUCGGACACGGGCGACUGCCGCUGGCAGGAGACGCAGUACAAGGUGAAGAACUGCACCAUCCUGCUGGCGGCGCUCAGCUGCUGCCUGCACCCCCUGCUCCACCUCGCCCUCCGCUCCCGCUGCUGCAGGGCCCGGGCCGAGACGCACGGCCGGGCCGCCAACAGUUGCACCGACGCCGGCCACACCGUCACGCACGCCAACAUCAGCCUGUCAGCCAUCCUCGACGCGCCCCCGGGGGAGGGCUGGGACUCCAGGGGGCACCAACCAGACCGGGGAGGGGGACAGCUCGCAGGCUGUUUGGCACCCUAACGGACACUCUGAUGUCAAAUGGGAUUUCACCAUCCUCAACAACCUUAAAACAGCCACCCCUCACAGCAUCACAACUUUAGCUGAGGUAUCACGCAUCUCCAACAAGAAUGUCUGUCAGCGGCCAGGCUACCUGACACUGCCGUGUUUGUGUGUGCUCUUUUUUGUGCUUGGCGUUGUGCACCUAGCCAUCAGCACUUUGUGGUAGUUCUCUCACAGCCCUGUACUUGACAGGGCUUCUUCACUAACUCAGGGAAUUGGGAGGAUGUCUGUUUGCGUGCUAAGUGGAAAUGAAACCGUACAACCCUUUCCUGAAGGACUAAGCCCAGCAGAGGGUUGGGACCGAAAUAAAUCAACACCUGUGCCUCAGACACUUGUGAAGGAGAGUUCUGCCCCCAGGGGAACACGUCUGAAAUGCCUUUUUCCGCAGUUUCAACUUGGACUCUUGGUGACAAAAAGUCUCUCCUUGUUCAUAAAAUGUGGGAGUUUGUAAAAUAAAAAAGGAAAACUAAAAGUGAACUGAAUUGCUUAAGAGAAAAAAAAACGUUUUUCUGUUUUGCAAUGAAGAUAAUAUAGGUGUUACUGCUUCAAAAAAAUACACCUUUUACAAUCACAUUUAAUAUACACAAAGCUUUGCAACACUCAUUCCCUCCCAAAACAAUGACAUUUUGAUGAUUUAUGAAGUAAUGUGUGGACUUUCAAAUGAGCUCUUUUUAUUCAAAACCGUAAUGAUCAAAUUGAAAACAGUUACAUGAGAAGAAGGCUGGAUGUGGGUAAAGCCUAUGAAGAAGAUGCACAAAGUGAAAUUCACUGACUGCACAAGUAAACAGUCAGUAUUUGGGAGAAACACUUUUGCUCUCAGUCAUUGGGGAUGGGACUCCACAUUUUAACAGUGGAAUGACAGAAUUUUCUGCCCAUUCUCCUUGGCAAAGCUCUGGAAGAUUCUUGAUGAACUGCAAGCAGGUCUUGCUGUAAGUAUUCUUUUGAAUUCAAGCCAAAACUUUGACCACUCGAGGACGUGUACCGUCUCAUCCAAAUACAAAAUCUGCCACGUCUGUAGUAUGUCUCCUCACAACAAUCUGGUCCUUUUUUUUGCAGUAAUGGUUUCUUUCUUGCCAGAAGAGCUGGUAGGCUCGUACAGGGAUCUAGGAUAACAUUGAUCUCUAGCCUGAACAUCGAUCCCAUUUCAGAGAGAGAUCACUGGUCACUGGUGACUUCACAGUGGCAUCACUACCCAGUUUUCUCCACACCUGCCUGCUCAGUUUUGAAGAGGAGCACUCUGGGUAGUACCAUGCACAUUCCAUGACCGACUUCACUAAACGUAAAGGGGAAAAUUAACCUUCUUCUGAUCUGUCACUCUACCGAUUCAGCCCUGAUAUGUUUCAAAACCUCCCUAGUAUUCAUUGUUGAUUUACCAGAUUGCAAUGCGAGUUGCAGCUGGAACUUCAGUAUCUGAGGGAAUUCAGACACAUACCUUAUUAUUAUUAUCAUUUUUAAGGGCUCAACAGUACAACACAAAAUUGAAAGCAUCCAGUUAUGAAAUAUCUAGAAUUAGAAUUUUUUUUCCCCCUCAAAUACAAAAACAAUACAGUAUACAUCUCUGACUGUGAACUAAACACCCCUGCUUCCUGUAGAAAAAAUUCUAACAGCUAGCUGUUUGGCAUUUUUAAGAGAAUUCUAGGUAAAUAUCAUGGCAGUGAGGACUCUGCUUUACAAGAGUUUACAUAGUAUACUGCAUAUGGCUUUUUACACGUUAAUGAAAAGAAAUGUACAGAUUUUUGAGCAAGCCCUCCCACAAAGAAACCGCUGUUAGGCUUGAGGCACAUCCACCAAUAUUUUCUACACUGCUACUAGCUUAAGGAAACAAACUAUUUCCUUGUCUAACUCCCCAGACUAGGGUUCCUAACACCAUCGUGUAUUAUCACCACCAGCCUCUCAGCCUCUUUCACUCCACUGCUGGAUGAAGGCUUCCCAAAAUUCUUCCACAAGCCUGAUUGAAGCUGCCUGGUUCCACUUUCCUUCCUAUUUCUUUUCAAACUGAGCGCCACCAUUUGAACACCACACCACAGGUUUUCUGGUAUGGGCAUUGCAAGGCUAGAUCAAUUUCAUAGAGGGACUAUUUGGUGUAUUUUUGAAAAAGAGAAGUUGCACUCAAGUAAUGUCUCAAUUAGAACUGCUUCUAUUAGGACUGAUUUGCUGCAGCACCUAGAGGACUCUAAGUGGAGGCUGUAGUUGUGCAUCCUGCUAUUAUGUAUGCUCAAGGCAAAGACAAUGAAAAAAAUUGUACAAACUCCCCGACGAGUGUGUUGCAUGAUACAAGUGUUUACUGUUCAGACAGUGUAGCCUGUAAUCACUCAUAAAAUAAAUCUAAAAACUCGCUUCAUCACAAAGCAGACUCAAGCCGCCUCAGGGUGUGCUCCAGCUCCUCCCAUCAGUCUCUCACCACUGCCAAGCUGAAGGAGUGAAAGCAGGUCUUCUCAAGAAACCAGGUUGCAAUACAAAGUCUGUGGGAGUUGGAGAUCCCCCAGACAAGCCACACUUCAUGAAAGUAUUCUGCUCCUGCCAUGAUGUCCCAUUUGGAUGAACAACAUACUGAAUAUUUUUAAUUAAAAUGUGAAUGCUCAAACUGAAAACAUGCAUUA